CUGCUCGGUGAUGGUCAUUGUUCUCCAGAACAGGGAUGGAGGAACUGUCAGCCCAAGAAGCCUCAGGAUCACCAAGGGUCCAGUUUCAGUCUUUGGAGACCCGGUCUGAGUGUCUCUCCCCAGAGCCUCAAUUCAUGCAGGGCACCGACAUGGAGCAGGGACUCACUGGGGGAUUUCCAAUUUCCAAGCCUGAUGGGAUCUUCCAGCUGGAACAAGAUCUACAGGUCUUUGAUCUGGAAACUAAGAAUAGAGAAGUCUUAAGAGGUGACUGCUCAGAUGGAGAAACCAGAGACGAGAACAAGCUGUUGAUUCCUAAGCAGAAAAUUUCGGAAGAAGUACAUUCAUACAAAGUGAGAGUAGGAAGACUCAAACAGGAUAUUGUCCAAUUUCCUGAGACUAGAGAAGUAUAUAAGUCUGAGGACAGAUUAGAAAGGCUUCAGGAAAUCCUAAGGAAAUUUCUCUUCCUCGAAAGAGAGUUUAGACAAAUAGCAAUCAGCAAGAAAACCUUCACCAGUGAGAACAGUGAAUGUAAUGAACCUGAAAAAAGCUUCAGUCUGGAUUCUGCCCUUGAUACAGGGCACAGAGUUCUUAGAAUACAGAAUAUUGAUGACAGUAAGUAUGAUAUGAACUUCCAGAACUCAGCUGCUGAUAAACAUGAACACAUAAAUCUACAACAGAAUUUUCAGAAUAGUGAAUACAAAGAAAGCCCAAUGGAUCUCUCCCACUUUAAUAAAUGGGAGAGCAUUUCUGCCACUGAGAAAUCCUAUAAAUGUGAUACAUGUGGGAAAACCUUUCAUCAGAGCUCAGCCCUUACUAGACAUCAAAGAAUCCAUACCAGAGAGAAACCCUACAAAUGUAAAGAAUGUGAAAAAUCUUUCAGUCAGAGCUCAAGUCUCAGUCGACAUAAAAGAAUACACACUAGAGAAAAACCUUAUAAAUGUGAAGCAUCUGAUAAAUCCUGUGAAAAGUCUAAUAAAUCAUGUAGUCAGAGUUCAGAUGUAAUUCAGCAUAAGAAGAUUCACACCAAAGCCAAAUCUUACAAGUGUAACAACUGUGAAAGAGUCUUCAGUCGUAGUGUACACCUUACUCAACACCAGAGAAUUCACAGAGAGAUGCCCUGUAGGUGUACUGUAUGUGGCAGUGACUUCUGUCAUACUUCAUAUCUAGUUGAACAUCAGAGGGUCCACCACCAUGAAGAAAAAUCCUAUGAAUAUGAUGAAUGUGGGUUGGCCUAUGUUAAACAUCAAGGAAUUUGUUUCAGAGAAAAACCCUAUACAUGUAAUGAAUGUGGAAAAGACUUCAGAUUGAAUUCGCAUCUUAUUCAGCAUCGACGAAUUCAUACAGGAGAUAAAUCACAUGAAUGUAAUGAGUGUGGAAAAGCUUUCAGUCAGACCUCAUGCCUUAUUCAGCAUCACAAAAUGCCUAGGAAAGAGAAAUCAUAUGAAUGUAAUGAUUAUGAGGAAAGUUUCAGUCAUAGCUCAGAUCUUAUCCUGCAACAAGAAGUACUCACCAGAGAAAAAGUCUUUGACUGUGAUGCCUGGGAAAAGAACUUCAGUCAGAGAGCACAUCUUGUUCAGCAUCAACCAAUUCAUACCAAAGAGAAACCUUAUGAAUGCAGUGAACAUGAGAAGACAUUUAGUCAAGUUCAGUCCUCAUUCAACAUCUGAGAGUUCACACCAGGGUGAAGUCAGUAUGUACUGCAUGGUAAAGUUUCAGUCAGAGCUCAGACUAUAUUCUAAGGUGGAAUUCUUGAGACAGACCCUCUGAAUGUGAUAAAUAUUGGGAAGCUUUUAGUGUUAAACUCUUAAUUGGCUCCUGCAAUCCAUACCGGUGAGA